AAUAUAGCUGCAUGUUGUGCUAUGGUGUCUCAAGGUCAAUCUAUGCUGCUGCGAGUGCGUUAAGCUGGAAACUGGGUCAGUGGUAGGAAGACACGUUCGCUGUGGGACUGUACACUGAAAAUCUUUAAGCGAACUUAGUCGUAAGUAAUGAUGAUAAGAUAUGCCAUUGUUUCAAGGGUUAUUCCAAACGUAAUCAAAAACCAACCAAUUAGAUGGACGUCAGUGGCCAGUAGUGCUAACAAAGAUGAGGUGAAACCUUUUGAAGAGAUCCCAGGUCCGAAAGGACUUUACAACUUGCCUGUCAUUGGAUCUGUCCUGCAUUUCAAACCGUUCGGUAAAUAUACACCUUAUACAACACACAAGCUUAUUGACAGCUUACACGAAAAGUAUGGGCCUGUGGUUCGAGUCCAGCUUGGAAGAAAAUGUGUCUUGUUGGAGGACAUAAAAGACAUUGAGACGGUCUUCAGAAAUGAGGGCAAAUAUCCAAACAGACCUGGAAUUGAUAUUUCCAAAGUUGUUUUUGAGAGGAAUGGAUUUAAGUUAGGACUUGCACAAAUCCAAGGAGAAGAGUGGCAUGCCCUGAGAACUCCAGUCAACAAAAGACUAAUGAAAGCUGACUCGGCCUAUCAUUACCUGGUCCCACAGAACGCCGUAGCUGAUGAUUUUGUUAACAUUUUGGCCACUAAAAAGUUGACACCGGAUGAAAUGAAAGAUCUUUUCUUUCGUUUUGCAUCUGAAAGUAUAGCAGUGGUGACAUUUAACACCAGACUGGGGUUCCUGGAUCAGUCGUCAGAUAAGGAGUCAUCAGAGUUUCUUGAAGCCACUAAAAGAGUUUUCACUUUAAUAGCUGAUGCUGUGAGUGGAAAAACGUUCUCCUAUAAAUGGUACAAGAGCAAAACCUAUAUGGAAUUGGAGAGAUCUUUCUUUGCCAUUCGAAAAAAUUCGAGGAAACAUGCUUUAAAAGCACGUGAAAUAAUUGAACAACAAAAGAAAGAUGGAACGUUAAACCCAGAAGAACCAAACUUGCUUCUCUCCCUUGUAUCAGAAAAAGGUCUACAAGAUGAAGACGUCAGUAAUUUACUGGACUCACUUUAUAUGGCUGGUACAGAUUCUACAGCAAAGAACCUUCAGGUUUUCUUCUACAACUUGGCUAAAAACCCAGACAAACAGGAAAUCCUCAGAAAAGAAAUUUUGGAAGUUGUUGGGGAAUCCGGUGUCGUUGAUGCUAAAGCCCUGUCAAAAAUGUCCUACUUGAAACACUGUCUCAAGGAAUCUUUUAGACUGAACUACCCAACCGUAACAGGUGUUUUAAGAAUCCUGCCGAAAGAUAUUGUUGCCAGUGGUUACAACAUUCCUGCUGGAACUACAGUAUUAAUGAGCAACCCAAGAGCCGCCAAAAAAGGCUUUGAAGACCCAGACAAGUUUAUCCCAGAGAGAUGGAUGAGGGCAGAUGACGGUCGUAAACAGGAAAACACAAACAGCAUGGCGGUUAUACCGUUUGGUCAUGGACCACGUAACUGCAUUGGCAGACGUUUUGCUGUUCAGGAAAUUUAUCUGGCAGCUUCUAAAGUUCUUCAGAAGCUAAAGAUAGAAGUGGAACCGGAAUCCUGGAAUACAGAAUUUAUCUACACAGCUUUCAUUGACACGGAGAAACCUAUCAGAUUUAAGUUUACAAAGAUUCAGUAGGUUGAAUUGUGCAAGAGCAUUAUUUACUUAAACUGUAAAAAAACAAAUUAUUUUUGAUUGAAAACAAAAGAAAGUUUUAUUAAGUAUUGUUAUUGAUAAUUUUUAAAUACAAAUUUUAUUGUAUUUUGCCAAAGAUUAUAUUUUAUUCAGCGUUAUAUUAUCUAUGUAAUAGAUUUACUUAAUGUUGAAUGUUUAGUUUGAGUGUUAGUGUUAACAGUAUUGAAUUAAAAUACAAUGUGGUAUUCUUUACAAAUCUAAACGCUAAUUGCAAUAUUUUCUUAAAAUAAUAAAGAAUUUUAAAACACCAUUGCUGUAAGUAUCAAUACUUUAAUAAUAAAUACGGGAUAUGAAAUUCAUGUGUUCUUUACAUAUUGCUCAUUUUUAAUACUAUUAGCAAUAAUUUUUCAACGCGAAAAGAUAUUUAUAAGAAAGUAGAGGUGAUUAGUUCUAAAAAAUGUUACAUACGAUUGUAAACGUAUUUUAUAUUUCUUGUUGUAAAUGUGUUUUUAAUACUCCAUACUAUGAAUGCAUAUUGAAUUAAUGUUACUCAUAUUUCAGUUCAUGUGAUGUAAUAUGUCAAAAUACGAACUAAAUCAGAAUUUUUUUUUAAAUAUCUCCAAAUUUUUAUCGUUUGUGUUGGUCACUCAUACAAUAAUAUGCCUUCGAUAUUGACAAAAAAAUGUAAUAACGCAGAUUAUCUUUAAGAGCACGUUUCUUUUCUGUGUGUUAUACCCUCUAUACAGCGUGCUAUAAGGUAGAGCGUACCUGGACGUCUGGAGUUAUAUUCUGGGCUUAAGUCUGAAGAAUGUCCCUUAGUCCAUCUAAUGGUGAUAGGAACCUGACUUCAGAUAGGGAAUGAGAUGGUUACUGACUAUAAUAUAACAGGUGAACUUUACUUAAUCUGCACCGUGUACCGCCAGGUUUGAAAUAGUAUCUUUACUUAUAGCAUUUAAUAAAAUUUGUGUAACGGUGGCUUUUAUGUGCAAUGUAGUAUAGGGGGUUGAUGCUUGCAUAGAGCAAUGUUAUAUAUUACUGCCUUUAGUUUAUUUUGUAAAACUUCUAUAACUCUAAGAAUUCUACUAUUCAGAAAGGUAAGACGAAUAAGUUGACACUACUGGCAAAGACACUGCUUCUUUAAAGAAUAACUUAGAGAUUAUCUUGUUGUUUUAAUGUAAUUAUAGUCUGAGAUGUAAAUACAUUAAAUUAAUUGUUUAAAAACUUCAAUUGUUCAUUAUU